GUUCAAACAGAGGAGGAGUCUGUGUACAUCCGGAGGAUAACAGGAAGAACACAUCAGCUUUCUAUACAACUCCUGGCGGAAGCGUAGGCACGACAUUCAGCUGGAGGUGGUACUGCCGCCCGAUCAUAGGAGGGGCUUAGAGAGGAGGGAAGGGAGCUCCAUGCCCGUUUCCAGACAUGGCACAUACCGGAGGAGAGAUUCACAGAAUAAACAGCAUAACAGACAGAACUAUGAAUGAUCAGAGCUGCCUUGACUGGCUGUGGCCAUGACCACAUGGAAGAAUAAUAUGGAUAUGAAAACGAUUUUUAGAAGAUGUGGUGUACCUUCUAUAGGUUCAAGCUAUGCUUUGCCCUGCUAUUCCUAAUAGCUGUCCUUGUGCUGGUUAGUAACAUUCAUUUGGUAGAGCAUCUAAGUCGCAGGACAAGUCUGGAACCAGGAUGGACAGAAUUGAGCAGAGAUACAACUCAUCUUCGUUUGCCCGUAAGCAGAAAAUCCAAUUGUGAUUAUCAGCAUCAAACCCUGUCCAAACCUGAAUAUGAGGAACAGAAACGCUUGCUCAAAGCACUGGAAUGGCCUGAACCACCGCAUGGCAAAGUCCUUUUCCUAAAGAGCACUGACGCAGCACACAGCCAUUUUGUGAUCUUACAGUCUCAGUCACAGUUUAAGUUGGGGGAUAUUGUGGAAGUGCUGGUUAGGAUGCAUGAUUUUGAAGGAAAUCCAAAGCAAUAUGGAGGAGAUUACUUGCAAGCCAAAAUUCAUUCCCCGAUUUUGAAAGCUGGGGCAGUAGGAAAGGUGAUUGAUCACCAGAACGGGUUUUAUAGUAUCUAUUUUACUUUACUUUGGCCGGGAAGGGUGACUGUAUCAGUAACUCUGGUCCACUCAAGUGAAGCAAUCCAAAUUCUUCAGCGCUUACGCCAGGAGAAACCAGACAGAGUUUAUUUUAAGAGUUUGUUUCGAUCUGGUGGUACCACAGAAACCAAAAUGUGCAAUGUUUGUCUGCCUAGGACAAUGCCUGUGUGCAACUACACAGACCUGAAGACGGGAGAACCUUGGUUUUGUUACAAGCCUGACAAGCUGUCUUGUUCAAGUCGAGUCAAUCAUGCUAAAGGUGGCUAUCUAAAAAAUCUGUUGACUUCUGAAGAAAGCAUGUUCUUUCAAAGUGGCAUAAAUAUCAAAGUUCCAGUCGUGGCAAGUGGCCCUGAUACUGUGACGGUUCAUCCUUGGAAAAUUAAAGAUAUAAAUUUCCUUCCUGGCUCCAAGUUUACUCCAUCGGGGUAUUAUUAUCGAGAUCAGUGGGUGUCUGGAAGAUCUAUUGUAUGGCAAUUUGAAAAGCCUUCUGAUAUUACUGAAUGCCUGCAAGGGAAAGUGGUACAUUUGUUUGGUGAUUCUACAAUAAGACAGUGGUUUGAAUACCUGACAGAUUUUGUUCCAGAGCUUAAGCCAUUUGAUCUGGGCAGCCCUAAAAACGUUGGACCUUUCUUAUCCAUUGAUAUUGACAAUAAUAUAAUGGUAAAAUUUCGCUGUCAUGGGCCACCUAUCCGCUUUUCAACGGUUUCGAGUAAUGAGCUACGCUACAUUGCAAAUGAAUUGGACGGUAUAGUUGGAGGGCAGAACACUGUGGUGGCCAUGACCAUCUGGUCUCACUUCAGCACCUUUCCAGUAGAAGUAUAUGCAAGACGUCUCAGGAACAUACGAGCAGCUGUCCUCCGUUUGCUUGAACGCAGUCCUAACACGGCCAUAAUCAUUCGUUCUGCCAAUGUCCAGGAGCUCGGGCCUGAAGUCAGCUUAUUCAAUAGCGACUGGUUCUCUUUACAGUUGGACAUUGUUAUGAGAGCAAUGUUUGCAGAUAUUAAGGUACAUAUUGUGGAUGCUUGGGAAAUGUCACUUGCCCAUUAUCUACCACAUGCAUUACACCCAGGAAGAAUCAUUAUUAAGAAUCAGAUAGAUGAGUUUUUAUCAUUUGUUUGCCCCAAUUAAGGUAUAGUAGGUAUUUGCACACCUAGAAUUUGUGGUUGAUUUUAGAUUUUAAAGAACCAAAUAAUUGUGUUCUUGGAGUCUUUUAGGCAGUAUCAUACGAGUUAUUAGAAGCUGUAAAAUGUGUUUGUGUUUACAGUAUACCAGGGUUGGGAAAUCCCUGGAAGCAGGUAGCCAAUAUGGCUGAGAAGAAAAUGACAGCUCCUUACUAUCUUGUGUUUUGUUGUAGGCUAGGUUCACACUGCUGCAUAUGAUUUUGUUCCCACUUCCAGUGUGAUUAUGUAGUGCUACUUGGACGCAACUUUGAUAAGGUUAGUAUAUUUUACGAAGUCCAAAUUGCACUGGAAUUGCAGCAAAGUGGUACAGGAACUUUUUCCAAAAUCACUCCAUUCUGAGUUGCAUUGAUGUGAAUGGACACCAUUGAAAACAAUGAUUUCCAUUGUCAUGCAACUCAAUGCCACAUCUGAAAUUGUAUUAGUGUGAACCAGGCCUUGCUGAUGUCAGUGGAAUUAGGUUCCUCUUCAAUGCUAAAUUGUAUGGGCUGCCUUGUAACAUGGAUGUGCCCAAUGCCACACUAUAUGUAUGCUGUGCAUAUGUAAACAGUGUUUAGUGUUUUAAAUUAUUGCAACAAAAGAAAGCACAUCUUCACUCCAAUCCUUUUUUAUAUAUUGACCAGUGUUAUGCACACAUUAAAGAGGAACUGCCGUUUCCUCACAUAUUUUGUAAUA